GGGUUAACUUUCAGGUGCGGGUGACACAAUCAAGAACAUCGAAAAUUGUGUUGAUUGUGGGUUAAUUUAGAGGUAUUGAGACUGGUACCGUGCUUCUUCCACCGAAAAGAAAUGCCGGACAACUAAACAUUUCCUAGCGUAUCAACCGGUUAUGAAAUAAGGGGGACAUCAAGUCUGUCGUUUACAGUUGAAGCAAAACUUGGUUUUUUAAUACACGGCUAGAAAACAAACAAACAAAAAAAUACUUUCAGCUGAAAGGAAAGUAAGUCUUGCUAAUUAAUUAUAUGCACGGCUCCUAUUUUUCAAAAAAGAAUUGUCAAAAUCUAUCAUACUCACAAUAGCUUUCAUUGCCUGUUCUCACCUUGUAUUUCCGCGUGAUUUAUUUAUUUUAAUUCAUUUUUACAAGCUCGUUUCAAAUUUAAGUUAAUAUUUAUUUGUCAGCACAAUUAUUGAAGUGAAGAACUGCCGGCUUAAUAUGCAUGCUAAUGAACAUGUUUGGUUAUGGCUUCGCAACUUCUACGGCAUAAAUGAAAAAGCUAUAGGAAUCCGGUGAGCUUAGCGAUUUUUCCUGGCAGUGUCGUGUCGAACAUUUGUUUGAAAUUAUUGAAAAAUAUUAACCUUCUUGAAAACGAAGAAUAUUCAAGUUUUCGAAUACUACCGGUAAAUACGGAGAACUGGUCAUUCUUCAUUAUACAUUAUAUAGCUUCAUAUGCUAGCAAACACUGUUCUUGUUUGUGUGUCUAUGGCUCAAUUCAUUGUUUGAAACAAUAAAUUGAGCCAUAGACACACUGCGCUUUGUGUUUUAGUUCCAUUGUCACUGAACUCAAAGACUCAGCCAUGGCCAAAGUUGAGAUGAAGUUCAUUUUCAUUUUUUCUCUCUUGCUUUAUACCAACUUUUGCAUCUGUCGAGCGGAAAGUACAUCGGCGAAAAAGAAUGUUUGUGGUGCAACUCCGGGUAUUCCCAUCAACGUCAACUUGAACGGAUGUCCGGGACUGAAGGGUGAAAAGGGCGAGAAAGGAGAUUCAGGAACACCCUGCAAAUGCAACAUACAGGAUCCAAACAAACCGUCAGCUCACAUCGAGGCGAUCAGUAAAGGAGAUGUGACUUAUCAAGCCAACACAGUUAUAAAGGACUGGUCUGUCAGUGCUCCACACAGUCACCUAGCAGGCGGCAUGAAGUACCACGACGGAAAACUGACUGUGCCCACCCCUGGACGGUACUAUAUCUACGCACAAAUGUACUACAAAAACAAUGGAAGAACCGUUAUUCGUGUGAACAACAAUGUCGUUGCUUUGGUUCAACCACCAGUGAAAGCAGCAAAAGCAGAUAAUUCCGGUGCUUUGUACACAGGCUUGGUGUUCAACCUCAAGACUGGUGACGUAAUCACGUUGUUUGUAUCGUCAUGGCCCGUUAAUUCCGCCAAAGUCUACAUGGAUUCUAUUCAUAGCUUUUUUGGCGCGUUUUUGAUUUGAGCAUGGCACGUCAGAAGAGUGCGCCAUAUCCUCCGUAAUUACGCUGAUUAAUGAGACACAGUUGCUCUCAAGGUGUUAUCUUAGUGGCUAGAUGGUUCUAAUUUUAAAAAAUGUUGAAUCAAAAUAAAAAAAAA